AUGUUUUUGCUAGUCAUCGCCAAUAGCAACGCUUCGUGCAUCGCCAGCAUCGACAAUGGUCCCAAACGUCGUCAUAGUGCUUGUAUUCCCGCACUCCAACAUGCGCUGUUUUGUUCCGAGACCAGCCUUGGUGUUGCCGAUGACUGGGAGGGUCCGGGAGAGUGUGACUCGGGCGGCGAGACGGACGAUGAGUUCGAGAUUGAUGAUAUACUGAUGCGAGACGAAGAUGAUCUGAUGACGCCUACUCCAACCCCUCGCUCCCGAAGGACCACGGCUUCUGAGUCUGCUGCAGCCAGCAAUGCUGCAGGUCCGUCUGCGGCUGGGAGCAUCGGUCCCGUUCCGGUUGCCAACACUGUUAACUCGCCCACCCCAAGCGCGGUCAUCUCUUUCCGAAUCCGUGGUCACGGCGCUGUCUUCACGGACUAUGAACCCCCCGCGGGGACGCCAGCCAUGCGCAGCAUCCAUUUCGCGCCCGAUCUUGCGGCAGCAACGUUCAAAGCUGCAUCGGAGGGCAAUCUCCCCGCCGAGCUUCUUAUCGAGGGCGAAACCAACGCGGAGAUGGCCCAAUCUCUCAUCCAUAUUGCGGAGGAGUGCUUCUCUGAUGGCCUCUACGAUCUCGUGCUAAGCUCGGACAGGAUUUUUCGCCGGAUAAAAGUCGACCCAAUCACUGGAGACAAAAUGCCAGUGGCCGAUGGAAUCGGAGUCGAACGCGAAGUUGUAUUCGCUGCCUUCCAAUUCUUCACGGAGAAGCAUGCUGGCGCAUUCCUCCUGCCUCGGGCCGACAAUUACUGCAGUAUUGCCACAAGUUCUUUCAUUCAUAACCCUGGCGCUGUCAGCGCAGCACGCAAGGCAUCGAUGGGGGCUUUUGGUUGUGUUACUGCUCUGAUGCUCGUCCACCAAAUGGCGCCAACACCACUAAUUCCCGGCAUUAUACUCCUUCCUGUCUGUCGAUUCGACAUGCGCUGCUUUACGCGCUCCUUUGUUCAGCAACUCCAUCCCGAACUCGCAGCGGACAUCGACCGGGUGAAGGAUGCGGGUCACGCGGGCAGCCUCUCAGCGUCUGGAUCGCACUUCUUCUCCUUCCACAGCGACGUUCAGCUUGCUCUCUUCAAUCAGCGCACUGAGCCGCAACACGAGGCUCUCCUGUCAGAGAUGGUCCUUCGCGGGAUAGUUGGAGACCAGAGUCCAGAUGGCCCUGAGUCUGUGGCUUGGUAUAGCGGGCUCAACAGUCUGUGCUCCAACGGGUUCUCGGUGCUUGAGGCCGACUUUGAAGCGAUUCGGGCAACUCUCGACUCGCAGAUUCAGUUCGACCAAGCCGACGAUCUGGCGUUCCGCAGCAGAAUUGCGGCCUGGGCUAUCACAGGUAGUCCGCAUCUCCCCUCGCGCAACGAAUUAGGUCAGAUCAAGAUAAGUUUUGUUCUCCCGACCGAGCCAAUCUACAUGGCUUGUGUUCGGAACACUCAGUUCCACUACGACUCCGGCAAUAUCCUUUUCCGCGCCUGCUUCCGGUCCGCUUACAUCCCAUAUGGCUUCCUUGUCAAGCUUUGUGCCAAUCCGUACCCCACUUUGGAUGGCGAAGGUAAUCCAAUUGCGCCGCAUACGCUCGAGGAAGCCAUCGACAACUGGCUAUUCUUGCAGUUCAUCAAUGCCAUCGGUGGACAUACUGUAGUUUAG